CUCGGCUCGGCUCGGCUCCGUUUCGCUCCCUCCGGCUCGGUUCCGGUUCGGUUCGCUUCGGUCCGGCGCGCAUCGGCUCGGCUCGACGUGAUUCAGAGCGGCUCGUGGUCGGAUCGGAGCGGAUCGGAUCGGAUCUAAGCGGAUCGGGUCGGACUAGAGCUCGGCGGAGCCCGGCAGAUUCCGGCACAGCCCGCAGAGCGCGGUUCGCGGCGGGGAUGGCGGUGCCGGAGCCGGACGCGCGGCUGGCGCAGGAGAAGGAGGAGGAGAGCGAGGAGGAGAGCGAGGUGCUGGAGGAGAGUCCCUGCGGCCGCUGGCAGAAGCGCCGCGAGCAGGUGAACCAGGGGAACAUGCCCGGCAUCCAGAGCACCUUCCUGGCCAUGGACACGGAGGAGGGUGUGGAGGUGGUGUGGAACGAGCUGCUCUUCACCGACAAGAAGGCCUUCAAAGCACACGAGGAGAAGAUCAAGACCAUGUUUGAGCAGCUGGUGCUGGUGGAUCACCCCAACAUCGUGAAGCUCCACAAGUACUGGCUGGAUGUCAAGGACUCCAAGGCACGGGUCAUCUUCAUCACGGAGUACGUGUCCUCGGGGAGCCUCAAGCAGUUCCUGAAGAAAACCAAGAAGAACCACAAGGCCAUGAACGCCCGGGCCUGGAAGCGCUGGUGCACCCAAAUCCUCUCGGCUCUCAGCUUCCUGCACUCCUGCGAGCCCCCCAUCAUCCACGGCAACCUGACCAGCGACACCAUCUUCAUCCAGCACAACGGGCUCAUCAAGAUCGGCUCCGUUUGGCACCGGGUGUUUGCCAACGCGCUCCCGGAUGAUCUCCGCAGCCCCAUCCGGAUCGAGCGGGAGGAGCUGCGGAACCUGCACUUCUUCCCUCCGGAAUACGGCCAGAAGGCAGACGGGACGGCCGUGGACAUCUUCUCCUUCGGGAUGUGCGCGCUGGAGAUGGCCGUGCUGGAGAUCCAGACCAACGGGGACACGCGGGUCUCGGAGGAGGCGAUCGCGCGGGCCCGGCACUCCCUGGAUGAUCCCAACAUGAGGGAGUUCAUCCUGUCCUGCCUGACCCUGAACCCGGACAAGCGCCCGACCGCCCACAACCUCCUCUUCCACCGCGUGCUCUUCGAGGUGCAUUCCCUGAAGCUGCUGGCAGCCCACUGCUUCAUCAACCACCAGUAUCUGAUGCCAGAGAACGUGGUGGAGGAGAAGAUCAAGGAGCUGGACCUGAACAUGGUGAUGGCCGAGAUCCGCAGGGAGGGUCGGCCCGGGGCACAGUGGAGGUACUCCGAGGUUUCCUUCCUGGAGCUCGACAAGUUCCUGGAGGAUGUCAGGAACGGGAUUUACCCCCUGAUGAACUUCGCUGUCUCCAGACCCCACGCCCUGCCCCGCGCCCUGUCCCAGCCCCAGGAGGACCCUCAGAAAGCCAAGACCCCCACGCCAGAGCCCUUCGACGUGGAGACCAGGAAGGUGGUGCAGAUGCAGUGCAACAUGGAGCUGAACGAGGACAAGAGCCAGUGGCACCUCACGCUCCUGCUCAUCCUGGAGGACAAGCUGCACCGCCAGCUCAGCUAUGACCUGCUGCCCACUGACAACUCCAAGGAUUUGGCCACAGAGCUGGUGCAUUAUGGAUUCAUCCACGAGGUCUCCACUGUGCUGCCUGUGCUCAGAACCCUCACCCUGAGCUGGGAUUGUGUGAGCUGGACAUGGCAUGGCUUGAGAAGAAACUCCUGACCCACCACCUGGAUCCACACACGUGGAUCAGCAGGAAUCCCACUGAUGCUCCACAGAAUCCUUGUCAUUCCCCAGUUUCUCCUACAGCCUUCCAAAAUCUCUCAGCAUCUUUGGGAGAGAGCCCUGCUGCCUGUUCCUCCCAUUCCUGCCACGGUGACUGGAAUGUCAGUCCCUGGCCUGGAGAUGGGGAAUUGCCACCAUCACCACCCCAGUGCUGCCCUUUGCUAGGGACAAGUUGAUGUGGAGAAAAGUGCAAACAGGAAUUGUCUCUGUUCAAGAGCCGUGUGGGGCUGCUCUGUGCUGCUCCAGGGAAAGCUGGCUCUGAAAUCCUGCUCUCUGCUGUGCCCCUGCUGCUCCAGAGAAAGCUGGCUCUGAAAUCCUGCUCUCUGCUGCUGCUGCUGCUCCAGGGAAAGCUGGCUCUGAAAUCCUGCUCUCUGCUGCUCCUGCUGCUCCAGGGAAAGCUGGCUCUGAAAUCCUGCUCUCUGCUGCUCCUGCUGUGCCAGGGAAAGCUGGCUCUGAAAUCCUGCUCUGUGCUGUGCUGGUGCUCCAGGGAAAGCUGGCUCUGAAAUCCUGCUCUGUGCUGUGCCCCUGCUGCUCCAGGGAAAGCUGGCUCUGAAAUCCUGCUCUGUGCUGUGCUGGUGCUCCAGGGAAAGCUGGCUCUGAUAUCCUGCUCUGUGCUGCUCCUGCUGCUCCAGAGAAAGCUGGCUCUGAAAUCCUGCUCUGUGCUGAGCUGGUGCUGCUCCCACUGUACUGGGGAGAUCCUGGCACUGUCCUGGUGAUCUGCACCAUGCCAGUGUUCCAUGCCAGCAUUCUGUGCUGGUGCUGCUCCUGCUCUGCCAGAGGAAUCCAGCUCUGGCAUCCUGCUCUGUGCUGGUGCUGCUCCUGCUGCUGUGCCAGGGAAAACCACCUCUGGCAUCCUGCUUUGCCAGGGAAUUUUGUCUCUGGCAUGCUGUGCUGUGCUCCUGCUGCUCCUGCUGUGCUGUGGGAAUGCAGCUCUGGCAUCCUGCUCUGUGCUGUGCCAGUGCUGCUCCCGCUGUGCCAGGGCAGUCUGCCCCUGGCACCCUGCUCUGUGCUGGUGCUGCUCCUCCUGCUCAGACUGUGCUGGGGGAAUCCAGCUCUGGUGCUGUCCUGGUGAUCUGCACCACGCUGGUGUUCCGUGCCACUGCUCUGUGCCAGUGCUGCUCCUGCUGUGCAGGGGAAGCUGGCUCUGGCAUCCUGCUGGUGUUCUGUGCUGUGCUGCUCUUGCUGUGCCAGGGAAAUCUGCCCCUGGUCUGUGCUGCUCUGUGCCAGUGCUGCUGCUCCUGCUGUGCCAGGGAAAGCUGGCUCUGGCACCCUGCUCUGUGCUGAGCUGGUGCUGCUCCUGCUGUGCCAGGGAAAGCUGGCUCUGAAAUCCUGCUCUCGGCUGCUCCUGCUGUGCAGGGGAAGCUGGCUCUGAAAUCCUGAUGGUGUUCUGUGCUGCUGCUGCUCCUGCGUGCCAGGGAAAGCUGGCUCUGGCACCCUGCUCUGUGCUGUGCCAGUGCUGCUCCUGCCACUCACUCUGUGCCAGGAAAAACUGCCUUUGGCAUCCUGCUCCGUGCUGAUGCUGCUCCUGCUGCUUCUGCUGUGCCAGGGAAAACUGGCUCUGAAAUCCUGCUCCGUGCUGAGCUGGUGCUGCUUCUGCUGUGCCAGGGAAAACAGGCUCUGAAAUCCUGCUCUGUGCUCCUGCUGUGCUGUGGGAAUGCAGCCCUGGCACCCUGCUCUGUGCAGUGCCACUGCUGCUCCUGCUGUGCCGUGGGGAGCUGCCCCUGGCCUCCUGCUCCGUGCUGGUGUUCCCUGCUGGUGUUCCCGUCCCUGCUGGAGCUCCGUGUGCCCCCGCUGCUCGUGCUCAGUGGCGUCGCUCCAGCUGCAUCCCAGCGGGAUUUAAUCCAUGCUCAGCCAGCCUGGGCUGCAUCCCCGGCUCAGGGUGCAUUCCCAGCAGCGCUGCAUUCCCAGCCAUGCUGCAUUACCAGCCCUGCUCCAUCCCCAGCAGGGAUCCAUCCCCAGCAGGGCUCCAUUCCCAGCCCUGCUCCAUCCUCAGCAGUGCUGCAUUACCAGCCCUGCUCCAUCCCCAGCAGAGCUCCAUGCCCAGCCCUGCUCCAUCCCCAGCCCUGCUCCAUCCUUCCCCAGCCCUGUUCCAUUCCUAACUCUGCUCCAUCCCCAGCCCUGCUGGGCCCCCCCCGGCCCCGUUUCCAGCCCUGCUCCAUCCACAGCCCUGCUCCAUGCCCAGCAGGGAUCCAUCCCCAGCCCUGCUCCAUCCUCAGCAGAGCUCCAUCCUCAGCAGAGCUCCAUCCUCAGCAGUGCUGCAUCCCCAGCCCUGCUCCAUCCCCAGCAGAGCUCCAUCCCCAGCAGAGCUCCAUCCCCAGCUCUGCUCCAUCCCCAGCAGAGCUCCAUCCCCAGCAGGGAUCCAUCCCCAGCAGAGCUCCAUCCUCAGCAGUGCUGCAUUGCCAGCCCUGCUCCAUCCCCAGCAGGGAUCCAUCCCCAGCAGAGCUCCAUGCCCAGCCCUGCUCCAUCCUUCCCCAGCCCUGUUCCAUUCCUAACUCUGCUCCAUCCCCAGCCCUGCUGGGACCCCCGGCCCCGUUUCCAGCCCCGCUCCAUCCACAGCCCUGCUCCAUGCCCAGCAGGGAUCCAUCCCCAGCCCUGCUCCAUCCUCAGCAGAGCUCCAUCCCCAGCAGAGCUCCAUCCCCAGCCCUGCUCCAUCCCCAGCCCUGCUCCAUCCCCAGCAGAGCUCCAUCCCCAGCAGGGAUCCAUCCCCAGCCCUGCUCCAUCCCCAGCAGGGCUCCAUCCCCAGCCCUGCUCCAUCCCCAGCUCUGCUCCAUCCUCAGCAGUGCUGCAUUCCCAGCUCUGCUCCAUCCCCAGCAGAGCUCCAUCCCCAGCAGGGAUCCAUCCCCAGCAGGGAUCCAUCCCCAGCAGGGAUCCAUGCCCAGGCCUGCUCCAUCCCCAGCCCUGCUCCAUCCUUCCCCAGCCCUGUUCCAUUCCUAACUCUGCUCCAUCCCCAGCCCUGCUGGGCCCCCCCCGGCCCCGUUUCCAGCCCCGCUCCAUCCCCAGCCCUGCUCCAUGCCCAGCAGGGAUCCAUCCCCAGCCCUGCUCCAUCCCCAGCAGAGCUCCAUCCCCAGCAGAGCUCCAUCCCCAGCAGAGCUCCAUCCCCAGCAGAGCUCCAUCCCCAGCUCUGCUCCAUCCCCAGCUCUGCUCCAUCCCCAGCAGGGAUCCAUCCCCAGCAGGGAUCCAUCCCCAGCAGGGAUCCAUCCCCAGCAGAGCUCCAUGCCCAGCCCUGCUCCAUCCCCAGCCCUGCUCCAUCCUUCCCCAGCCCUGUUCCAUUCCUAACUCUGCUCCAUCCCCAGCCCUGCUGGGACCCCCGGCCCCGUUUCCAGCCCCGCUCCAUCCACAGCCCUGCUCCAUGCCCAGCAGGGAUCCAUCCCCAGCCCUGCUCCAUCCUCAGCAGAGCUCCAUCCUCAGCAGAGCUCCAUCCUCAGCAGUGCUGCAUUCCCAGCAGGGAUCCAUCCCCAGCCCUGCUCCAUCCUCAGCAGAGCUCCAUCCUCAGCAGUGCUGCAUUCCCAGCCCUGCUCCAUCCCCAGCAGAGCUCCAUCCCCAGCAGGGAUCCAUCCCCAGCCCUGCUCCAUCCCCAGCAGAGCUCCAUCCCCAGCAGGGAUCCAUCCCCAGCCCUGCUCCAUCCCCAGCAGGGCUCCAUCCCCAGCCCUGCUCCAUCCCCAGCUCUGCUCCAUCCUCAGCAGUGCUGCAUUCCCAGCUCUGCUCCAUCCCCAGCAGAGCUCCAUCCCCAGCAGGGAUCCAUCCCCAGCAGGGAUCCAUCCCCAGCAGAGCUCCAUGCCCAGGCCUGCUCCAUCCCCAGCCCUGCUCCAUCCUUCCCCAGCCCUGUUCCAUUCCUAACUCUGCUCCAUCCCCAGCCCUGCUGGGACCCCCCGGCCCCGUUUCCAGCUCUGCUCCAUUCCCAGCAGUGUUACAGCCCUGCUCCAUUCCCAGCCCUGCUCCAUCCCCAGCUCUGCUCCAUCCACAGCCCUGCUCCAUUCCCAACUCUGCUCCAUCCCCAGCCCUGCUCCAUCCCCAGCUCUGCUCCAUCCCCAGCCCUGCUGGGACCCCCGGCCCCGUUUCCAGCUCUGCUCCAUUCCCAGCCCUGCUCCAUUCCCAGCCCUGCUCCAUCCCCAGCUCUGCUCCAUCCACAGCCCUGCUCCAUUCCCAACUCUGCUCCAUCCCCAGCCCUGCUGGGCCCCCCCCGGCCCCGUUUCCAGCCCUGCUCCAUCCCCAGCCGUGCCAAUGUUCCCACCUGGAAUCAAUCUUACCCCCACCUGACAAAUCAAUAAAGCCCAGUCCCACUGGGGGGCUCUGCUCCA